UUUGUUCGUUUAAAUCACCUCUUUCUCUAUCUAUCUCUCUCUCUCUCUCUCCUCUUUCUCUUUCUCUCUCCUCGUUCUGUGUCACGUUCCGCUGAUCUGCAGGGAAGAGCAGAGAUCAAAUAAUUUGAAUUCAGCAGAGGGAGAUCGAGGUCGCAUUCAUUUUCCGCUAUUUAUUUGAUUUGAUCUCUCACUGCGUUGAUUUCGCCUUCUGCGUUCAGAUCACCGGCGCCACCGACAGCUGGUGGAGGGAGAGCAAUGGCGGUGGAGGAGAACGAGGCUGGGGGCGCCGGCACUGCGGGAGAGCUUCUUGUUAGGGCAGAGCUGGAGAUGAAGAAGGAGAGGGAGAUGGGAGGAGAGAUUGAGCACAUUGCCUGCCGGGACGGGGACGACAAUGAUGGGAGCGGAACCGAUGGUUCUUUUGUAAUGGUGAUGAAUGGCGGUGAUUUCGAUGCCAGAUCGGAUUCGUCCGAGAAGGAUUUUGACGUGGAUGCCCGUGGUUGUGAAGGGGGCACAGGAGAUCUGUCGGCUGCCAAUUCAGGUUUUUAUACUACUGUAGAUUAUGCGAGGGUUGAGGAGGGCGAGGGAGAUAAUGGCGUGGAGAGAGAUGGGAAUGAGGGUGAGGAGGCGCGAAAAUUGGGUGAGUGUUUUUUGGUAGAGAGUGAAGGGAAGGGUGAUGAUGUGGGUGAGGGGGAAGAUGAUGCUCUUGAUGGUGAGUUAGCUGAGAAAAUUCUGCCUAUGCGUGUAGAACUUGAAGAAGUUGUUGAUGAAUGUGCUAAAACAGAUCGUGCGCAGAAAGAAGAGGGUGCAAUAGAUUUUAAAGCAUCGACGAAUGAAGAGGAGAAUGAGAAAAAGGAAACGGUUGUUGUUGAGGUUCCAAAUGAUGAAAAGCACAAUCAAGUAGAAGAGGGGAAGAUAGCUGUUAAGGAUUUUAUCGAUGAAAGAGAUGGAGUUCUUGAUGAAUCGGAUGCUAAAGAUGAAGUCGUGGACAUCAAAGAUUUAAAAAGUGAAGAAAAGAAUCAAAUUGGAGAAGAGGUGAUGAUUGUUGAAGAUUCAAAGAUUGUAAAGGAUGCAAUUAUUGAAGAUUUGAAUAAUGAAGAUGAAGCUAUGGCUAACGAAGAUUUGAAAAAUGAAGAUCAGAGUCAAGAUGAAGAGGAAGUGGUGAUUGUGACCGAUUCAAAAAUUGAAAUGGAGCCGGUCAUUAAAUAUUUGAAUAAGGAAGAUAUCAUGGGUACCGAAGAGGAAGUAACUGGAGGAACAGAGAUUUCUUAUGCACAGAGCGAAGUGGGAAGUGACAACAAAGGACUGCCUAUUGGAGCUUCUUCAGCACAGUCAUCUUCAUCUGGACCUGUCUCUAGGAAUGUUGAAUCAGAAUUACUGUUUAAAAAAAUUGAUCCUAUUGAUUCUGCUGGCACCGAGCUUGUGAACGAAGAAUUUGAAUCUGUUUCUGAAAUUGAUGAACUGAAGAAAUCCAGUGAACAUAAAAGGGGAGCUGUCGAGUCUUCUGUUGCUGAGAUAAAGGAAGCUGAUUCUGCUUCUGAAAUUGAAGAUAGAGGGGAUAUCGACAAUGAGGUAUCUGUGAAAAUUGAUUCUUCUGAGCUUUCUAAGGAGGAAUUUAAUUCUGUUUCUGAGAUUGAAGAUAGGAGGGAUGACAAUCUUGAAGAAUGUAAGGAUGUGGACUCUUCGGUAAGGGAUGCUGAUAACAAGGGAGUAGAUUCAAACUUGGAAGUUGAAGAAAGCAAAACUAUCAUUGAUGAAGGAAUCAAUAAUGUUGAAUCUGCAGAGGUGGAAAUUAGCUCCGUUGUUGACGUUGAAGAUAGGAGGGAUGACAUACAUGAAGAAUGUGAUGAUGUUGACUCUUCGGUCAGGACUGCUGCAGAGAAAAGGGUAGAUUCUAUCUCGGAAAUUGAAGAAAGAGAGAGAACCAUUAAUGAAGAAAUCAAGGAUGUUGAAUCUGAAAUUACUGAUCAAAUGGAUGAUGAAGUUUAUUCUACUUCUAAAGUUAGGGAUAUGGGCAUAGCCUGUGAUGAUUCAUCCAAUUAUAUUAAUUGGGAGAAUGAAAAAAAUUCAGAUAUUCAAUUGGAUGAAAAUCUGCGAACCAAAACUAUGCCAGCUGUUUAUGAAGGGGAAGGUGGAGAAUUAAACACAUCUGUUGAAGAGGUAAGACAGCACAUUGUCAAUGAGUCUCUGCCAAAUUCUGAAAUUGAACAAAGAGAAUAUGAUUCAUCCGUAGAGUUAAUUGAUGAGCCCGUCAAGAAGAACGGUGGUUCAGCUCCUAUUGAAGAAGAAGGCCAGGUUGUUGAGGCUUCAUCUAUUGGACAAAGCACAGAGCCUGCAAAGGAAUCUAUUAGUUCCCCUUGUCACGCGGAAGUUGAAUAUGAUGAAGCUUUGUCCACCGGUUCAACGCCAGAGACUUCUAACAGGGAGUGGGUUUCAGCACCAGAAGCAGAUGUGGACAAGAAUGUUGAGAUCUUAUUCAGUGUUUCAAACCCUGAGCCUAGGAAAGACAUGGAUUUAGCUCCUAUAGUAGAAGAAAAACGGGAUUUAGAUGCUUCAUUCAUUGAUUCAAAUGCUGAGCCUAGUAGGCUCUUAGCUUCAACUUCUGAAUCAGGAGAAAUCCAGCCUGCAGAUGCUCCUUUCGUUGGUUCAAUGCCAGAGCCACUUAAGGAGGACAUAGGUACAGCCUCAAAAUCAGAAGAAAACCGAAAUGCUGAAGCUUUGGUAAAUGAGGUUGAAAAUGAAAAGAGUGAGCUGAAUUCUGCCACUGAGUUAGCUGACGGGGUAUCAAAACCUGUGAAAGCUCUUGAAGAGAUAGAGGAUAAAAGAAAGGACUUAAAAGCAGAUGACCGGAGUGUUGAAAGUUCGAGGACUGAAACUGCUAAUGUAAAGGGAGAACAAAAAUCAGCCACUGAAUCAACUGGAAAUAUGAAAAUCUAUGUUGAGAAGAAUUUGGGGGCGACAAAGGAGCAACAUAAGGAAUUGAAGUCAGAAGAGAAACAGGAUGCUGUGCACUUUCAACAACAGGAAGGCAAUGCAGCCCCUUCAGCUCCAGAUGUUGAUGGAGAAAAAAUUGAGAUGCCUAUUAAAAAGUAUCGCUUAAUCAAAGUGCCCAGAUUAACUCAGAAAGUCAUCAAUGUCGAACAUCAAGCAAAGAUUACUGAUGCUCAGGUGCAAGUUGAUGAACAUACUCGAAGACGAGAUUCUCUAAAGGCUGAACUUGAUAACAUGAGGAAAGUACUUUCAGACUACUUUCACAAAAGAGAUUCUGCCAACGAAGACGAGAAAAAGGCUAAAGCUUUGGUUAAUGCUAAACGUCUAGAGAUGGAUUCUGUCCAGAAUGUGAUUAGCAAAGGAAAGACUGCAUCCUCGUUCUUGGAAAUUAUUUCUCAGAUUCAUGCUUUAGAGCACAAGAUGCAACAUGAAACAAUCUCCUUAAAAGAUGAGAAGAAAUACUUGCAGGAGCUAAAUCAACUUAAACAUGAACGAGAACUUCACCUUUUUAGCAAGUGCUCCCAGUUAGAAAUUGAUGAGGCUCUAAAGCAGAAAGAAACAGCUGAAUCAAGCUUGAGGACUUUGAAAAAGGAGUUUGAUACACUAAGAACUGCUCACUUGAAAGCGGAAGAAUACUCAAAGGUUGUUAGCAAAAGCUAUAUCGAUCAGUUUAAUAGAAUUAAAGAGCAUGAACAGAAGUGGAAGGCUGCUAAUGAACUUCGUCAAAAUGCUUAUAAAAGCUUGCAUGGCCUUAAAUCUGAUAAGAUGGAACACUACUGGAAGUACAUGGAUGACAGGCAGGCUGCAAAGAAGUAUGCAUCCUCAAGAGACAUAGAGGCUCUAGAACGCCACUGCACUGAACAGGUUGAACGAAUUAUGCGGUUAUGGAAUGAAGAUGAUGACUUUCGAAAACAGUAUGUUGAAUCCAAUGUCAGUAACAUCCUAAGAAAAUUUGGGACUUUAGAUGGAAGGACUCCCGGUCCGAAUGAUCCGAAACCCUUACAUCCCAGUCAUUUUUCUCCUACAAGUAGGUCUCCUGCUCCUAUCACUGUCCGCGAGGAACUACCUCUUCGCCCACAUAAAGUUACCAAACCUGCACUUCCAACAAAUCCAAUGGCGAGAUCAAAAUUACCCUCCAAACCUACCAUGAACAAAGUUGCCGCGGUGGAUGCUCCUUCGGUUGAGGAAGUUGUAGAGGUGGAAGUGGAGAAAAAACUCACAAAAGAGGAAGAGGAGCAGGCCAGGUUAGCAGAGGAGCUGGCCAGAAAGGAAGAAGAGCUUAGAAAGAUAAGGGAGGAAUUAGAAUUGAAAGAAAAGCUAAGAAUGGAACAGAAGGCCAAGGCCAAGGAGGCCGAGGAAAGAAAAAGAAGAAAAGCUGAGAAGGCCCAAGCCAAAGCUGAAUACAAGGCACAAAAAGAUGCAGAACUAAGAGAACUAAAGAGAUCAAAGAAAGAGAAGAAGAAAGAGAGCUCAUCAGAAAAAGCUGGAAGCGUGGAAGGAGACAUUGCAUCUGUUACUGAAACUGCUUCACAAGAAGCUUCAGAGGAACAGGAAAGCAACAUUGUGGCAAGUUCAAAGAAAUCUAGAAGGAGAACAUCGGCGGCAUUGAAUAAGUACAGCAACAAAGUUCAACCAGUCCCCUUACAUCUAAGGAACAGGGGGAAGAAGAAGAUGUCAACGUGGAUAUGGACUUUGUGCGUCGCAGCUGCACUUAUAGGUUUAUUCUUUGCUGGAAAUUAUAUAUCCUUUUCUGUUAGCUGGCUAAAUUUUGGCUUCUAAGCAUACAUGUUUGCAUACUGGUAUUUAUAUAUAGUGAUGAGGGGAUCAUAGAUUACAGAAAGUGAUAAGGGAGAUUGUUUACUUACAAACUAAAGGCUUAAUCAUUCUUUUGAGAGGGUGUUUUUUUCUUUUCUUUUUUAUAUUGUUGAUUCAGUUCAACAGAAGUUAUCUUUAUUUGAUUCAGGUUGUUGGUAGACCUCAUAAUUUGGUUGAAUAAUAUGGCUAUAGGUACCUUUUGCUU